GAGCUGCUGAAAAGCAUGACUUCCUCUUCUGUUGUUGAUAAACCUCCGGUAAGACGGGUUGCUAUCUUUGGGGGAACUCAUGGCAAUGAGUUAUCAGGGGUAUUUUUGGUCAAGCACUGGCAAGAGAAUGGAGCUGAGAUUCAAAGAACAGGAAUGGAAGUGAAACCAUUUCUUACCAACCCAAGAGCUGUGAAGAAGUGUACUAGAUACAUUGACUGUGAUCUGAACCGUGUUUUUGACCCUGAUAAUCUUGGCAGGACAGUGGUGGAAGAUAUUCCAUAUGAAGUAAGAAGGGCUCAGGAAAUCAAUCAUAUAUUUGGUCCAAAAGGUAGUGAUGAUGCGUAUGACCUUAUUUUUGACCUUCACAACACCACUUCUAACAUGGGUGGUACCCUUAUUCUUGAAAACUCCAGGGAUGACUUUACAAUUCAAAUGUUUCAUUAUAUCAAGAACGCUUUGGCUCCAGAACACUGUCCUGUUUUGCUGAUUGAACAUCCUAGCUUGAAAUAUGCAACAACUCGAUCUGUAGCAAAACAUCCUGUUGGUGUGGAGGUGGGUCCCCAGCCACAAGGCGUUCUUAGAGCUGAUAUUUUGGACAAAAUGAGGAAGAUUGUCAAACAUGGCCUUGACUUUGUGCAACUUUUUAAUGAAGGAAAGGAAUUUCCACCAUGUACAAUUGAGGUUUUUAAAAUAAUGGAGAAAGUAGAUUAUCCCAGGAAUAAGAAUGAUGACGUUAUUGCUAUUAUUCACCCUAAACUGCAGGAUCAAGACUGGCAGCCACUGAACAAUGGUGAUCCUCUAUUUUUGACUCUUGAUGGAGAAGUAAUUGCAUAUAAAGAGGACUGUACAGUCUAUCCAACAUUUAUUAACGAAGCUGCAUAUUAUGAAAAGAAACAAGCUUUUGUAAAAACAGUAAAAAUGAAGCUCACUGCAAAACACAUCAGAUCCUCAGUCUUACACCUGAACACUUAAAAGCUUAUUACAGAUUUUUCAAUACAAAAAGUGGAUUUCUUCUCUGUGAAAUCCAGUGUCAUUCAGUAGUAACUCAUGGAAUAAAUAAAUGCAGAGUCUAAUUUUAAAUUGUAAUUUAAUUAACGUUGCUGAGCACUUU